AUGUUUUAGAAACUCAAAGCAAGUAUUUUCAAAUCAUCCUUUAAUCAUCUUUAAGAAGCUUUUAGAAUGACAAGAUGGACAGGAUGUACGACUGAACAAUCAAAAUCUUAAUUAAACAAUUUCGAAUAGUUAAUCUUGGAUUCAAGUCAAAAUAUCUAAACUCAGGAUGAAUUAUCCGAAAAAUAAUAUUAAUUGCUGAUGUAUGUUUUGAAUAAUAUUGUAAGAAAAAAUACUAUUUUGAUACAAUCAUACUUCAAAAGUUAUUUAUCGAAAAAAAAAUAUGCUUAUAUGAAAAAAUGGGCAAAAUAUAGAAAGCAUGUUUAUUAAGAGUUAAUAAUUACAGAAUAAGUUUACUUAAGUGAUCUAAAGGCAAUUAUUGAUAAUAUAUUAAUAAUAGCCGAAUAAUAAAAUCUAUUACCAGAAAACGAGAUACAAACAACUUUUAGUAAUAUCUGUCACAUUUACAAUUUCAAUAAGAAAUUUUAUGAAGAAAUUAUAAGUAAGAGCAUAAUAUUAAUUCAAUUUUAGAAGAGUUCAAUAACUACCAUCCAAACUCUUGUUUUGGAAAUGUAUUUCAAAAAUUCAUUCCAUUUUUCAAAAUAUAUUUCUAAUAUUAUGCAGAUUACAAGUCUUAUCAAAUAAAUUAUUUAAGAUAAACAUAUCAAGAUUUUGAUAAGCAUCUGUUUAAUUUAGAAAAAUAAGAUUUUUUUAGAGGAACUGAUUUAAACUCGUUUUUAGUAAAACCAAUUUAAAGAUUACCUAAAUAUGCAUUAUUAAUAAAAGAUUUAGUUAAACACACUUGGAAAAGUCAUCCUGAUUAUUAGAAUCUUUAAUAAACUUUUUAUGAAUUUAAUUUAGUUACUUUCAAAAUAAAUCAUUUAAUGGGAAAGUAUGAUUUUUUAUUUAUUUUAUCUUAGUAUUUUAAAAAAUUAAGCACUUUUUGAUUUAUAGAAAAAGUUUUUCGAUCCUUUAAAUGUUGAUAUUGUAGAAUCAACAAGAAACUUUAUUCUAACUGAAACAGUCUACUUAAAAAAUUAUUAAGAAGAUCCUGCUAUUUUAUAUUUGUGUAAUGAUUUAAUAAUUAUAUCAAAAAAAACAGAAUUUAAUGAAAAAUAAAUAAAUGAAAGAUUGUUAACUUAUCUCUAUAUAAAUGAGUAUUCAUAAAUAUGGGAUGCUAGUUAAGAUUCUCUAACAUUGAUAUUUGUAACAUAAGAUUAAAAUAUCAAAUUUAUGUGCUAAGAUUAAGAAUAAUAAUAAAAAUUAUUAGAAGAAAUUAAUAAUCUCAUAAAAGCUAAUCAUUAAUCUAGUUGUUUGAUUAAAAGUUCAUUUUAAAUUAAUCCUGUAAGGGUUUUCGUUACAUAAGUAUCUAGAGGAAAAUCAAGAAUUCCAUUCAAAACAUAUGCAAAAUUUGAGAUAUUAGUAUUAAUAUUUAAAAAUGUUAGGUUGUUUUUGAUAAGAGAGAGUAUAGAAUAUGGACUAGACAUAAAAUUUUGUUAAAGAUACAAAAUACUUUAAAGAAAUAAUAUUAAAAGGAUUAUGAAUCAAUGAAAGAAACGAAUAUUUUAUUUUAAGAUUGGAUUAAAAAUAAAUUGAACAAAUAAAAUUAUGAUGGAAGAAAAGUUAUUGUGGAAACAUUUUUAGAAAUUCUUUUAAAUUCUCAAUAUGUGAAAUCUAAACCUGAAAGUUAUCUGAAAUUUUUAGAUCUUCCAUAAAAUUUUUAUUAAAAAUUCAAUGAAUCUUAGUUCACAAACUGA